AGCUAUCACGCCAGUCCAACAUCGACCGCUGUCCGGGACAGCAGCAAGUUCGGAGAACUUGUUUUUAAAUUUACGAAAUUGCGUUGCUUCUUUCUUUAAAAAAAAAAAUAUCAAACAGUUUCGUUGCACGAUUUUAAAAAAGGAAACGGUUUAUAAACGAACGUUGUGACCCGACAUUGACAACAUUUCGGUUUGAACUGAGAGGCCAUUUUGAAAACCCCCCAAGAAAAAUCGAGUGACACCCUAGUGACAAUUUAUCAAACAUUUUGUGUGUUGAGCUUUUUCAUUUCCUAUCGAAGAAAAAACAGUUUCUGAACUUGACGUACCCGUUUGGGUGUGUGUGUGUGUGUGUGUGUGUACGUACGUGUGUUGUGGGGUUUUUCGUGACUGGGGUGAACUCUCACGUCCUCGUUUUUCUUUCCUAUUUUUUUUUGUUGUUUUGUCUCGAACAUCAACGGGAUUUUUUUUUUUUCAACUUUUACGUGUCGUGUGUGUCUGUGUGUGUGUGUGAGUUUUAUUUGGAAUUAUCCGGUAUCGAAAAAGGGCUGGACAAGGGGAUAAAAGAAUAUCUUAUUCGAUGACAAAGAGAAGCCAAAGUUUAAAUGGCGGAAUUUAAAGAAUAUUAAAAAAUAAUUCAAAGGAAGGGAGAAGUAAAUAGUUGCGAGUUUGAUCGGUGGAGAGAAAGGAUCACGACGUCGGUGCGUUGAUUCCGGAAAUAGCGCACCAACAACAUCAUGGCUCACGUCGCCAUAUUGAAAGCCCAUAAUAAAGCCUACCAUCGGGGCUCGGAUCCGAGAGCCGCCACAUGCCGGUCGAAACUGCAAUCGAAAAGGGCCAAAUUGAAUCAAGAAAUCAACAAAGAACUUCGUUUGAGAGCCGGAGCUGAGAACCUUUUCAAGGCGACGAGCAACAAGAAGCUGCGCGAGACGGUCUCGCUCGAGCUGAGCUUCGUCAAUUCCAACCUGCAGCUGCUGAAGGAGCAACUGGCCGUUUUGAACAGCUCGGUCGAGGUGUACCAGGGCGAUCAGCAUGGCGGCCUCAGCCACCACAUCCCCAUGAUUCCGCUGGGCCUCAAAGAAACGAAAGAAGUGCCUUUUCACGAUGCCCUGCACGAGUUUAUCGAAGAUCAUUACAAAGACAAAGCGGACGAUUACGUGGAAGCCAUUGCCGAGCUGUCCGACUUGCGACAGGCCAUGAGGACGCCAUCGAGAGAUGCCACGGGCAUCGGUCUGCUCUACGAGUACUACAAUCAGCUCUACUUUUUCGAGCGUCGUUUCUUUUCACCCGAACGCGGCCUCGGCGUCUUUUUCGACUGGUUUGAUUCUUUGACGGGAGUGCCCAGCGCCCAGCGGACGGUGGCCUUUGAAAAGGCCUGCGUCCUGUUCAACCUGGGGGCCUUGCACACGCAGAUCGGGACGCGGCUGGAACGCGGGACGGGCGAAGGGCUCGAUGGUUCUGUGGAUAACUUUUUACGAGCAGCUGCCGUUUUUCGUUUCAUUGUCGACAAUUUCACGAACGCACCGUCAAUGGACUUGGCCCCGCAAGUGCUCGAGGCUUUCAUCCUGCUCAUGAUUGCCCAAGCUCGCGAGUGUCUUUUCGAGAAACUGUUGUUGAGCUAUCGAGGUGACUCUGCUCCUGCCCAGGAUAUCGACGCCUACCUGGAGCAAGCCCAAGAGGCAGCCGAGUUGUCGGAGUCUUACCAUCGCGUCUACGAUGCCCUUUCGAUCGAAUUGGUCAAGGAUUACGUGCCCGAUUCGUGGAUUGCGCUCGUCCAGGUCAAGAGCCAAUACUACAAGGCGAUGGCUCACCAGCUGGUGGGCUCGGGUCUGGUCGCCGGCAUCGACGGCCGUCCGUUGAGCCUCAAGACGAAAGAGACGCUGACAUUUAUGUACAGCGAAGAUGAACGGACGAACGGCGAACCCAAUUUCGCCGGCCAUUCCACCGGCAAACCGACCAAAGAGAAAGUCAGCACCAUCAUCGAUAUCCGAGUACCGAAAAACGAUGCCGAACAGCUCCAAUUAGGUUUGAGUCAUUUGCGCGAAUCGGUGCUGUUGCACGAAGAGAGCCUGCGGCUGCAGCGCAUGUGCCGUGAUUUGAAGAAACGCGACCACCUGUCGACCUUUUUGCGACGCGCUCACGACGCCGCCCUCAGCGCUUACACGCGGGCCCUCGGAGACGAUGAGUUCGGCGAAGCUCUAGACCCUCCCCCCAUUUUGGCGUCGACGAAAUUGCAGCUGUCGUUCGGUCAACCGGAUUUCGGUCAGCAUCCAGUCGAAGAUCUGUUUCGUGGGCUGGGUCCGCUGACUUUGUUCUCUGCAAAGCACAAGUGGAACCCUCCCCGAUUGGCCCACCUGCGCAAAUUGCACGACCAAGGUUUCGGAUUCAGCGUUCGUGGCGACGGACCGAUUAUCAUCGCCGGAGUCGAUGGCGGUUCCAUUGCUGAUUUGGCUGGAGUGAGGGAAGGUGACGUCAUCAUCGGAAUCGGUGAUGUGGACGUUAAGUGGUCCACACACGAAGAGGUCGUGUCGCUUAUCAAACACGCUCGCAAUGACCUCUCUCUCAAACUGAUUCAGCCCGUCGAGAAACCAACCCAACCCUCUAAGUCAAUGAUGAAAAGCAUGGCCAAAACGUUGCCGGGCGGCCGUGGAUCGACCUCGCCCACGUCGACGACCAGCUCCAGUUCGGGCGUGUCCUCGGCGGCGAGCCACAGUUUGUCGAACACGCUGGCCGGAAGGAGCAGCAGCUCGAAGAAUAACAGCAAGAGCUGCGACCGGAUACACGCCAUCGGGCGUAACCUGCCGGGCGUCAGGCGGCGUGACAAGAGCCUCGAUAGCCACGUCAAAUACAGGACGGACGCCAAAUCUUCCGGCAAAGGGGGAAGAAGUCGAGAUAGGACCAUCACUGGACGGCUUAGCCUGGCGGCCGAUUUCUUUAAUUUGAGCCUACACUCGAGCAAAGAUCGAGAUAGGACUGUCGACAGCGGCACGAGUAGCCAAACACGUUCGACGACGGCCGGAAGCCGGUUGACUUGGAAUCCGUUUCGGACCAAGAGCCGCGAGCGCCAGAACAGCCACAGCCACCAGCAGUCGCACCAUCACGCCAUGAUGGCCCUCAAGACGCCCUCUACACCGCCCGUUAGCGGCGAGGUCAUCUGCAAGAACAUCAUUAUGCGCUGAUUGAUUCACCUGGCCGCGGUGAUGAUGGAAUAUCCAUUUUAUAUAUAAGAAAGACGUAUUAUCCCUCAUCUUUAAAAAAAAAUCAGAUGAGAAUAAAGAAAAGAAAAGAGGAAACACCUGAGCGUGCCAUAUCGCGUACAGUAUAAACGUGAAUACUUUGACUUUAAAUAUUUCCUAUCUUUUUCUCCUUUUUUUUUUUUUUUUUUGCUGUGUUUUUAUGUGGUAAAUCAGACAAAAUAUCUCUCCAAAUAUUUCGUUGAGACUUUCAUAUUAUAUAAAUGUAUAAAUAAUUGACUGAAGUUUUAAAAAAUUCGAGUUUAAAAGAAAUGAAAAAACAAAACAAAAAAGAUUUUCGAAUACGAUGCGAAAUGUGGAAGGUUUAUGAAAAACAGGACUUGAUAAACUACUUUAGUUUCUAUCAAUUUACGUCAAUAUUUUCCCAAAAAAUUUAAUAACCUUGCCCCUAAUGUGUGUUUGUGUGUGUGUACAAAAGAGGAUUGGAUAGUUGUGCGAAGCAAAAUGGAUUCAAGAAAUGACCAAAUUUUUAAGUGUAGUCCACAUCAAUUUUUAUUAAUGUUUUUGGAUUUCUAAACAGAUUACUAUAAACAUUUAAUAAUUGACUUGUUUUAACCAUAGCGUGGAAGACAAAUUUUCUUUUGUAUUAGUUGCCUCCUUGUUCCAAAAAUUCUUCUUCUGAUUCCAUCAUCUCACCCCCGAGCUCAUUUUAUCUGUACAUUGUACACAAUUGUGUGUGUGUGUGUGUGUGUGGCUGGACUGUGCUGCGUCAAUAAACCAAAAAGACGAGAGAUAAA